UUGGAUUCUAAGCUUUCAACUGCAUUUACACAAAGCACAUCAAUGGAGCUCUUCAUUGUCCUGGUGAUUUGUCUUUGUUGUUUGAUUCUAUUUUCUCUGUGGAAUGGAAGCUAUGCCAAAGGAAAGCUUCCCCCUGGCCCGACUCCUCUCCCAAUUGUUGGAAAUAUUCUACAGUUAAAUACUAAGAACAUCAGCAAAUCUCUAAGCAUGCUAGCAAAAGAUUAUGGCUCUGUAUUCACUGUGUAUUUUGGCAUGAAGCCCACCGUGGUGUUGCAUGGAUACAAAGCAGUGAAGGAGGCCCUAAUUGACUGGGGAGAAGAAUUUUCUGGCAGAGGGAUUCUCCCAAUGUCAGAAAAAGUCACCAAAAAUUUAGGAAUUGUUUUCAGCAAUGGAAAAAUAUGGAAGCACACCCGGCGUUUCUCCCUCAUGGUUUUGCGGAAUAUGGGGAUGGGGAAAAAAACCAUUGAAGACCGAAUUCAAGAGGAAAUCUCUUAUCUGGUGGAAACGUUAAAAAAAACCAAUGCAUCUCCCUGUGAUCCCACUUCCCUUCUGUCCUGUGUUCCCUGCAAUGUGAUCUGCUCUGUCAUUUUCCACACUCGUUUUGACUACAAUGACCCGAAAUUUCAAACCUUGAUUAAGUAUUUUCAUGAAAACCUUAUGAUUGUAAGCAGCCCUUGGAUGCAGCUCUACAAUGCUUUCCCUCUUUUACAUUAUAUCCCAGGACGUCACAAGAAGUUAUUUAAAAAUGUUGCUUGCCAAAAAGAGUUUAUUUUGGAGAAGGUAAAACAGCAUCAAGAAUUACUGGACAUCAAUAACCCUCAGGACUUUAUUGAUUACUUCCUGAUUAAAAUGGAAAAGGAAAAACACAAUAAAGAGUCAGAAUUUACCAUGGACAACUUGAUCAUUACCGUAUGGGAUAUGUUUGGUGCAGGGACAGAGACAACGAGCACCACAAUGAGAUAUGGACUCUUGCUCCUGCUGAAGCACCCUGAGGUCGCAGCUAAAGUCCAGCAAGAGAUUGACCGUGUGAUUGGCAGACAGCGGAGCCCCUGCAUGCAGGACAGGAGCCGCAUGCCCUACACGGAUGCUGUGGUGCACGAGAUCCAGAGAUACAUUGACCUGCUCCCCACCAACUUGCCCCAUGCGGUGACUGAGGACAUUCAGUUUAGAGAAUACUUUAUUCCAAAGGGCACAAAUAUACUAAUACACCUGUCUUCUGUGCUGCACGAUGACAAAGAGUUUCCCAACCCACAGCAGUUUGACCCUGGCCACUUUCUGGAUGAGAGUGGCAACUUUAAGAAGAGUGACUACUUCAUGCCUUUCUCAGCAGGAAAAAGAGUUUGCGUUGGAGAGAGCCUGGCCCGCAUGGAGCUGUUUCUAAUCCUGACCAGCAUUUUGCAGAAUUUUACCUUGAAACCUCUGGUUGAUCCAAAGGACAUUGACACCACCCCAAUUGACAACGGGUUAGGCUCUGUACCACCCUUCUAUGAGCUCUGUUUCAUUCCAGUCUGAAGAAAGUGCAGCCUACCGAACUUCAGAGCAAGACCCUCCAGCCUCAUCUGAACAAACCAGACACUUGCUGACCUUGUGCCAGCUAUUUGGUAUCCACCUCUAUCUUAACAGCAGGAAUGUCAUCUCUGAGCCCCAUCUCUUCUAAUUUUCCCCCACCCUUCACAUUUCCUAAAAUUCCUCACCCUUCAAAUUUCCCAGCAUAAAAUAAAGCUCCCCGUUUCAUCUCCAA